AUGUCUAUCCAAAGUGACUUAUUUACGUCAACAACACAUUUAUCUCAUUUAUUAAAUACUGAAGUAGGUUUAGCUAAACAAUUAGAUAUCUACCUGAAAGAAGAAUAUGAACGAUUAGAUCACAUAGAAAAAUUUGUUAAUGUUAUCAAAGAUGAGAUUCGUCAAGCGCAAGGAAACGAAGAAUAUUAUUUUGGUAAUCCAGUUAAUUCAUAUUUAUUUAUUAAACAUUUAACAGCUGACUGGAAUAAUAUAGAACAGUUGCUACCGACAGACUCUGUAAAAAAUAUUGGUAGUAAAUGGUUAUUUCCUACAUUUGAAGAUUACACUGGAUCUGCUAUUGGAUUGAUGCGCUUACAAGAUACAUAUGAAUUAAAUACCAGUCAAUUAGCUAAUGGAGAAUUAAGUUCAAAAUUUAAAUCAAAACGAUUAAGUGCUUUGGAAUGUUAUGAUUUGGGACGUGUUGCAUAUACAAAUGGCGAUUUCUAUCAUACACUAAUGUGGAUGCAAGAAGCACUUGACCAUUUGGAUACAGAAACGAAUCAUACGUCAAUCAAUAAAAUUGAUAUUUUAGAUCAUCUUGCUUAUGCAACAUCACAGCAAGGAAAUGUUGAACAUGCAUUAGCGAUCACUGAAGAAAUACUAACAAUGGCUCCGGAUCAUUUUCGUGCACAAAAUAAUAAAGUCUAUUAUGAAACUAUUAUAAAAAAUCGCACACUAACUAAAAAACAACGAAGAGAUGAUAUUGAUAAAAGUAAUUCAACCAAUCUUAAAUUAAUUCAAACGGCAUCAAACGAUGAAAGUUAUAAAAUAAAUAAUAAACGAUCUGAUGAUUACUUCGACGAACAGGAAUCAUAUGAACACCUAUGUCGACAAAAUGGGACUCGACUACAUCCAAAAUAUCAAUCGAAAUUAUUUUGUCGCUAUCGUCAUAACAAUCAUCCAUACCUUAUUUUACAACCCGUUAAAGAGGAACAAUUAUUACAUCAACCAGCUAUUUUAUUCUAUCAUGAUAUUAUCAGUGAUUCAGAUAUUGAAAAAAUCAAAUCACUUGCUUUACCAAAAUUACAACGUGCUGUCGUUCGUGAUUUUACGACUGAUACUUUUCAACCAGCUGAUUACAGAAUUUUCCCAUAUUUUAGUGCUUGGCUGAGAAAUGAAGACUCACCAGUCAUCGCUCGUCUAUCCCGACUAAUUGAAGCUAUUACAAAUUUAAGUAUGAUAACAGCUGAAGACCUUCAAAUUGCAAAUUAUGGCGUUGGUGGUCAUUAUGAACCUCAUUUUGAUUUUUCACGAAGACGAGAAAAAGAUCCAUUGUCACGUCUGGGCGCCGGAAAUCGAAUAGCUACAUGGUUAACUUAUCUGAGUGAUGUCGAAGAAGGUGGUGCAACUGUUUUUCCUUUAGCUGGCGGUCAUUUAAAACCAAAAAAAGGCGGUGCAGCAUUUUGGUAUAAUCUUUACGCAUCGGGUGAAGGUGACUAUAACACUCGUCAUGCAGCUUGCCCGGUAUUGAUUGGUAAUAAAUGGGUAGCAAAUAAAUGGAUUCAUGAACGUGGUCAAGAGUUUCGUCGGCCAUGUUCACUCAAUCCAAUGGUAUAA